GUAUUAAGCGCAAUUUCCAUCCUACUUUCUGCGUCUCCAUCAAUACUGAAGUGCAGAGACGCCCUUUCCAAACCACGGCUGUAUAAAUAGCCUCAGUGAUGAAGGGCCCAAGUACAGAGACUGAGGUGAUUGAGGAAGCACCUGCUGACCCAAAUAAUGAAGAACUUCCACCUUAUCUGCGUGAAGAACCACCUGAGGACUUGGAAAAGGACCACCCCAAGAAUGAAGCAGGCGUGGUGUGGCGCGUGACCGGCGGUCUCUUCAACUUGACCAGAGGAGCGGUGGGUGCCACCCUUGGUGGAGUGGCCUGGGUGGGCAGCAAGAGCUUCGAGCUCACCAAAACAGCAGUGACGAGCGUUCCUGCCGCCGGAGUGGGACUGGUCAAAGGGGGCGUCUCAGUGGUAACAGGAGGAGUCGGUGCAGUGGGGUCUGCAGUGGCUGGUAAAGUUACACCAAAGAAAAAAGACAAGUCGGAUUAGACUGGCUGACUCACUCUCAGCUUUUGUUCCAUUCGGUGUGUCUGGGUGGUUUGUUCUCACUUUCAACAGGGUUGGAAACCAGGCGGCAGGUUCAUUUGGCCCAUUUUGUCUAAUUAAGUUCAUAUAAAGAACUGCAACAUGGUAUGUAAACUCAAUUCAACCAAUAACUGAAAGCUACUGCAGAGGUAUGUGAGGGAGAAUUGGGAUCUCACCUUUGCUCUAGUUUGCUUGUAUGUUUGUGUGUGUUUUGAGUGUUAUUAGACUAGAUUUGGGAGAAAGAGGGAUAGCAAACAUAUUUUUUAAGAAGAACAGACACUUUUACCACAAGGAAAAUGUUGAUAGAGAAGCUUAGUUUAAUUUAAUGAAUAUGUGAUCAAACAUUCCACAUGUAAUUAAGGUAACUGUGUGUAUCAUGUACAAAUGUAAGUACACUUCACAGAAUUGCUCCACGAACAUGCUGAUUUAGUUUCAAGCCCAUUUUUGAACUAAAUAACGGGAAAGCUCAAAAAUUAAGGAAAGUAUUGUUAUUUUUUUAUUAUUAUAAAAAUAAUUGCUCGAAUUUCUCACUAGAUUAAUAAACUAAAGUAAUGUUGGUUUUAGACAACAUACUGUCAAAUGCUCUUCAAUUUAGGGUGUGUUCACACUUUAUUUGGUUCAGAUGAAAAAGGAUAGAUUUAGUCUUGACUAACUUAGCAUUAACAGUCUGAACACAAAAACAAGCUGUUAAAAUGUUGUUUUUUUACUUCUUUUUUCUUUUAUCUCAAUGUAUAAAAGAUUUUUUGAGAGAGAAGCAAGACCUGACUCUUUAGAGGUCUCAGUCCACUUGUUUGCUGUUCACAUUUGACUCAGAUUAACCACACUGUGUGCUUUCACACCUGCCUCAUUUUCUGUAGGUGUUUGAAUCACUAAAGUUCAUUUUCUCAUUCAGGGCGAUUCAUUUGAGCAGGUGUGAAUACAUCAAGCACACUAGAGUGUUAAACAAGUGUGGACCAGACAAGUGUACUGCUUGAA